AUGGCUGGAUUUGUGGUCAGGUUAAUUUCUUUAAUGUCUUUUUUUGGGGUUGUAUUAAGUUGUUACCAGUGCUUUAUAGAUACAGAUGAGAGUAUCAAUUUGUGCUGGGGACACACUGUCAGUGAAUAUAACAUCCGUAAUAUAGAUUCCUGUUUCAAAACUCUGGACAGAAUAUUUAACAACAAUCCAAGGGUAAUUGAGGCAGCUAAAGUAGGAAGAGGCCAUGACUCAGUACUAAAGGAGAUUCUGAGGGCUGAAAUCAUGCCUAUUGUGGAAGAAUUUCACCAGCAUAUGCAUAAUGACACUGUGUAUGAAGUUCGGUUACAAGCUGCUGCAGAAACUUUCAUCGUGAUGGCCUCUGGUCUGCCUCGAGCUUCUGGAUGUUUUCCCCCUUGUGGUUUUCAGUCUCUUGGCACUGUCUAUAACUGCAUGACUUGUCAGUACGAUUCCUGUGAGUUUCCCCUGGAUUGCCCAUUGCAGGAAAUCACAGUGGCAGAAAACAACAGAACUCAGAUGUGGUGUCAUGUGCCAUUCGUUUUGCCAAGUGACAUACAGAUAGUUUGGAGAUACGCAGAGGCCGAAACAAUGUUGAUGGAUCAGUUUAAGGAGGUGACAGUUGGCAUGGAUAAGCUGUUCUCCAUACCUUCAGCACGACUGGAGCACACAGGCACAUAUCAGUGUGAGAUCUUUUCUCAGGAACGCUCAUUGGUCCGCAUCUACUAUCAUCUUACAGUUUAUCCCAGUGAGGUAGUUGGUCAAGCAAAACUACAGGAUUUGUUUAAUAAGGCUCUUUUACCUGCUGGACAGUUUCAUCUUCUGCCCUCAAUGCCUUUAUUUUCACUGCUGAGGCUGCCUAUUCCAGCUCUCCUGACCAUCUGUCUGACAUCACUGCUUACGCUGCUCUUCCUCGCUCUAUGGGUGCUGUAUUGGUGGUGUUAAAGAAAACAGAAUGUACACCAGAUUCAAGAAUAUGAACCACAGUGGAAGACGUAUGCAUUUCAAAUUGUUUAACCAGAACAAGUUCCUAAAAGACCCUACUGAAAUGGCCUGUAAUUGUUUUAGUUCACCACUAGAGGGUGUCAAAGCCUCUAAUGACAGUCUCCUGACAUACAGUAUAUGAUACAUUUUGGGACAAAUUAGUGCUCUUAUGGAAUGUGAACCAGAUAGAAAAGCCACAUCAAAUCCUUUAAAAGGACAUUUUUAAAUUGCCACAAUCUUUGCUAGUAAAUUAUCCCCAGUGAAUUUUAUUUUAUUUUUAUAAGAGAAUUCACUGUGGCAGCUAUAAAGCUGCUUGGGAUCUACUAGAUAUAACAAACGUUUAUUCAUAUGUAUAGAAUUCUGAUAAACUGUGCUAUAUUUUGUAUUAAAAUCUUUCAUUCUUUUU